AUGUCCUCCACCGGCACACAACUCUUCCUCAUCACGGGUCUCACCACCCUCAUGAUCGCCUACGCCGCGCAAUCCUCCAUCGUGGCCCUCCAAUCCCGCCUCCCCUCCCCCUUCUACAUCACCUCCGCCUACGCCUACCCCCAAUACACCCAACCCUUCGGCAACAACGACUCCAUCAAGUAUGGAAAGAUCAUCUCCAUCCUCUCCUUCACCUACCAAGGCGCCAUGAUCAUCAUGAACGCCUGCAUCGUCGGCGCCAUCUGGAUCCACGCCAACCAUGUCCAGAACAACGGCACUGGUAUCAAGGAGCCUGGUGUCCUGUCUUGGGCUCUGAACGGCUUCUGGAUGUUGGCUAUCCUUGCUCUUGGCUUUGCUAGCUGGGGUGUUGGUCUUGCGCGCCGCGGUAGUGGAAACUCUGCGUUGGCGUACCCAAGUCUCAUUGCUGUAGACUACAUGGUGAGGACGUUGUACGUUGUCUACGUAGCCACUGUCAUCGCUGCGUCGACUAGUGCGACGCUUGAGGCGAUUUUGUGCUGGAUUGGUAUCAAGAAGAACGGUGUUGUCGGUGUAAGUUUACCCCCCUCCUUCUGUACAAAAGCAUGUACUAACGACAUCUAG